AUGGCGUGGUACAGCUAUGGCAAUAUGCUCAAUGCUUUGGCUGUUGUCAUCUCGGGCCUGUCAUACAAUCGCGACACAUUUGCAGAUUCCUUGGCAAUGCAGCAGAGUCAGAUGUACCAAGAGAAAAACUAUCAUAUCGCCUGGAUUGCAUCUGUUCGAGAAGAGAUGCGAGACUUUCUGACGAUCUUUGUUGGGAAGCUACAGAAUACUGGAGUGCUCAACACUCUACUCUUCGGAGUCUCAACAGGAUUUCUUUGCGAGGGUCAGCUGGAUAGUGAGGCCCCGGAUUCAUUGGCAUUUGCAUAUUAUAGUUCCUUAAUCACAAGCAUGUUGUACUUUGGUUGCUCCAUACUCUUCUGCUUUAUUGGGGUAGAAAGCGCUUAUGCUGAAAGUCGCAAGUUUCUCCUGAAGUUUGUGCCAGAUGUUCACGACGCUUACAACACUGACUACAUCACGAAGCUUCUCCAGUGGGAAGGCAAGGGCGAGGCAUUGCGCGUCCCUUUUGUGAUGGAGCCGCGUCGUCUGGCGGAGCAAAAGUCAAAAGCAGGGCGGGCCGAGCAUGCCUCGGGGAAAGAUGAUUUUUAUGAGCACUUCGAUGGCAUGAUGCACGACUUCAACGAACCGACGCAGGUCGAGUACCUCCCGAAAGGUGACAACACCCACUUCCGGCAAGGCAACAUCGGCACUACCACUGCCGACAGCGAUGAGGAGAGGGGUAAAGAGAUCGCACAGCAGGAGAUGAACUUUAACGAGAUCAUCGGGAAGUACAGCUUGCUUUGGGAACCAUGCUCGUUGGCAAGCCACGACACGAUGGUACUGGGCGUGUCCGCGCUGUGCCAAAGCUUUUCUUAUUACCUAUUCGGCUUCGACAUGGGUCGAUCAGUCUGGGACAGAGUGGGCAUGCAUAUUACCAUGACGAUUGCUGGCUUUGCAUUUGCGGGUCAACUGUCUCGGCUCUUGACAUCGAAGGCGGAGCUUGAAUUGGAGGGCCAGCAUGACAGAGGAGAAGAACGUUUCUGUUCAGGCAAGAUGAAGCACUGGGUCCUCAGGCUUCUUAUGAUGCUGGGGCCCGCUAUGGUGAUGACCGGUGUCCUUUGCGCUAACGGUGCCGUGCUGCUCCUGGGCUACGCAUUGCACGGAGCCCUGCCCGUCUACUUAGCAGCCUUUCUUUUCCUGUCAUUGCGAAGCUUGCCGCAGCGCCGUGGCUUGCCACCGCCGCACCCAGAGAAGUUGAAGCGAUUGCGAGGGAAGGGGUUUGGCGGCAACAAGGUCGAGGGUGAUCCUGGGCUUGAGGCGCGGGACUCUCCGGAGCCUAUGCUUCGACAGCUCCUCUUCGAGAGUGAAAAGAAAGCCAUCCAGACCGCCGUGUUCAUGAAGAGGCUCCUCCUGAAGAGCUACAUUGUGGCUAUCCUGCCCUGGUCUUGGCUGGCCGUGGGUGCCUGGCAGUCUGUGCCCAUGGCUCCGGCCAGCAGGGAUUCGGAGGUCGAUGCCGCCGAGGUGAACUUGACCUGGUCGUCCGAUGCCUUCUUCAGUGCCCAUGCCAUGAGCUGCUCGCAGGAUGGUCGUGUCUGGCUUGCCAGUGAAGAUGGAGUGUUUCAGAUCGCAAGUGGUGCAGAUGGCGGUGCAGUGGAGAGUGUCGAUUGUCCCGACCUGCCUGUGGAUGAGAGUGUGCGGGACAUCACUGUUCGGUGUUCUGAAUCAGGCUGCUGGCCGGUAGUUCUGGGAAAGAGCAGCAGGAUCUACAGCUGCCACCCCGAGCCCGAUGAGGCCCUUAUUCCCCUCACGGGUCUGUCGGGUGUGUCUGGCGUUGCGUUCGCAAACGAGGGCUUCUAUGUCCGAAAGAACGACAGAAUUCUGCAUAUUCCCAGCCGAAAGUCAGUGGCUCCUCCCCUCCCAGGCCUCGUUGGCUUCGACAUCCUUCCGAACGCUGAGGCAGACGACGUCUUCCUUUUCUCAGCAGACAAGGUGGCGCGAAGCACGCGAGCUCUUCUGCAAACGUGGGCGCUGCCUUCGAAAAUGCCUCCCUUGCGUGCUGCUUGCGCGAUUGACCGCUCCACAAUGCUGGCUGUGGUACAGGAUCCAAGUUCAGAGAACCAUCCGCGCCUCCUGCUGUUCCAAUUAAAGUAG